AUUUAAUGUUUCCACCUAGCUUUGGGGUGGAUUUAAAAAAAAAAAAUCAAAAUCAGAUUUGAUUUAAUGUAUGGGUUUGAAAUAAUACCAAAUUAAGCUAGACACGAUCAGCGUAGUGCCAUACACCAAACACAGACGCACUUGCCUUUGUCGUUCUUUAAGGUGGAGGAUAUAGAUAUCCCAAUUGUUACCACAAGACCACAAGUGUCCCGGCUUGGAAGCAAAUUCAAACAGAACAUAUAUUUUUGCUUACGGGCAAACAGCUGGCUAGAAUCAAAAUGUUGUGUCGUCAAAUUUUAAUCACUAAAUACGUACAGGAAUCAAAUAUGUCGGAAAUAGAUGUUGCCGACUUAUUGAUGAUAUUUUUAGUUAAUAAGAACCAACAAGAAGGACAGAUGGGAUUUUGGAUUGAGACCAAAUUUUUUAACGAACCAAUUGGUUCAAAUGUUCGAGUUGUUGAGAUAUGUUUAAUUAUGAAUUUUAUAUUAUAUGUUAAUACACCACCUCAAAUGAACGCCACAUAUAUAUUGAUUUGUCGUUUGCAUAUGUCCAAAAACCAUGUGUUUGGACAAAUGAGGCGGACCCAGACAGACCAUUAGUUAGACACUGCUUUUUCUCAAAGGUCAGCACUCUCUUCAUUCUUUUUUUUCUUUGCGCGUUAGGCUUAACCCACAAAGAACACUACAGGUGUCUGUUGCAUAUAUGGUGAAAUUGACAGUAAGAAUAUCGAUUCAUAUUUCGUUGACUCGCCUACCCCUCAACACAAUUCAUGAUAUGACUGAAAUCUCCUUUAAGUGUUGACUAAUCCAAUCUAGUAGCUCCCAUUUAAACCAGGUUCAAUUGUUAGUGAUUAUAUAUGAUGGACGAUUGAACCUCUCCCAACAACUCGAGUUAUUGGGACCAACUGGUUUAUGACAUGAUAUUAGAAUCUUAUACGACCAAGAGGUCGUGUAUUCGAAUUCCAAUGACCCCAUUGAUGAAGCACAUGUAUUUUCGUAUUCAGAAUAGUAUAGUAGCUUACUCCAAACUGAGCUGACUUACCCGCUCUACUGCAAUUCAUCCUUCUUGGGCUUGCAGUGCACGGAAUGAGCUCGAUCGACUCUUUUAAAUAAUUACAGCCUGAAUAGCUGGUAGUAAAGUUCAGCACCAAUCUUGGGCCGGUCAAUAAAAAAUGUCCCAUUCUGGCCCAAUAUUAAAGUCCUCACUUUCGGCUAGUUGGGCUGCCGUCGGCGUAUCGGAGCCCAAUCUCCACCGCCUGUAAUUUUGCCUCCCCCGGCGAUUGUGUCCAAGUCCCCGAAUCCUUCGCUAAUCUCCUCAAUCUCCUUCACUCACUUACCAUCAUCUCCCUUCUCCCCCGCCGCCAUUGACUGUUGAAAACUGGUUACGCUCAGUGCCCGCUGAAAAGAUUGGCUGAUCUGAUCUGCUUCGCAGAGGAAUUUCAAUUUCAUCGCACAGUCGAGAGAAAUUCCGCCACUUCAUGCGGAUUUGUAAUAAGCUUCCCUUCCACCACUGCAAUCAACAUCGCAGAAUCGCUCUCUCCAGCGAACCUUCAUCUGUAUCCUUUUUUCCCGUAUCGCCAUUGGAUUCCUGUUUGGCCGUAAUUUGAUUUGGAUUGAAGAAAGACGAAGAAGAAGAAAGAUGGGCCAAGUUCAAAGCGAGCAUUCAGUAGCUGCUUGUUCAGAGGAGACGCAAUUCAAGCCUCAGGGCUCCUCUCCUCCUACUUCCAUGAAAUCUCUCGUAGCAGAAGCUGCAGCCUUUGGUGAUUCUGCUGCCGUGAAUGAGUCUCAAGAUUCCAAGGCCGAGAAGGCACUCGAGUGCCCCUGCAUAAGUGAACUGCGAAAUGGCGAAUGCGGGGUUCAAUUUUCGGAUGCUUUCCUGUGUUUUCUCAAGAGCACUGCUGAAGAAAAGGGAUCGGAUUGCGUGCGGCCGUUUGUGGCCCUGCAGAAUUGUAUCAAGGUGAAUCCUGGUGCAUUUUCAAAGGAUGUUGUAAAGGAAGAAGGAGAAGAGGUGAAGAAAGAGGAAGAGCCAGUGAAUUAUAGGAUCAUCCCUCCCUUGUGGGCAAGGGAUAAAACACCUUCUAGCCCAAAGCCAAAACUAUAAGAAAGAGCCGUCAGAGAGUGGAGUUGCCACUGUUUGGAAACCUGAUGGGUAACAAUUACCAAACCGUAGAAAAGGAAGGAAGAAGGGAAAUGUAACUUUUGGUUUCUGGUGGAUUAUAUAGUCAACCGUUCUUUGCACCCAUGAUUGUAGAAUGAUUGGAACGAUUCAAUACUACAGUUCAACGAUCAAUUUGUUCAUUGCCAGAGACAAAUAUCUUAGGAUAUUUGAUUGGGUUUUUCCCCCCAAUUGUCGAUGUCGUUACAGACUAGCAACGGGAAGAUAGCAUGAAAAAAACUGUAUGCAAAUGC